GCAGCGACGGGGACGCGCAGCCAGGACAGGAAAGGAUUGAGAGGCAUCGGGGUCGCGCUUGUCGUGCUGCUCUGCCAGGUUCAGCAUUAUGGGGGAUCCUGGACCCCGAGGCGAAGGGGACCCUCACCGUCUGCGCCGUCCAUCGUCUGUUCAUCCAUAACCGGACAGUGAGUGACCUGCAGCGGGGGGGGCGGUGUUUCAUCACAGCUGCUGGGAGCUUAACCAGGAGACACGGACGCUUUGGGGAAACUGGGAAGUCUACUAACUAAAGUCUAUACCGCAUCGAACUGAGUGGAAACGAUGAACAAAUUGGUGAUUAGCGUCCGGUCUGGUCAGCCUGGGCCAAACGGAACAGGCUGGGCUCUUCCAGAGUGAGGUCGGCUCCCAUCUGUUGACCUCUCCGCCGGGCGGCGAUGUCCGCUUUCUGCCUGGACCUGCAGACGCCUGCCGUGCUUUCAGCACCACUAGAGCUGGACAGCGACUGCAUGGAGCCGCGCGCGGGCCCCGGCGCCCAGCAGCCCGGCGGCUUUCAGGGCCACCAGCCGCCGCCAGCCGGCUCCGGAGGCCUCGGCACGGCCUUGGAGGAGGAACUGGCCUUGAUCAGCGGGGAGCGGGGAGGCGAGGAGCAGCUGGCGGAGCUGGAGGCGCCUGCAUCGGGGCAACACGCAGACAUGCUGCUGCUCUUCCGACAGAAGGAGAAGGACUUGGUUUUAGCAGCUAAACUGGGUAAAGCGCUGCUGGAGAGAAACCAGGACCUGACCAAGCAAUAUGAGAAAAUGCACAAAGAUCUCUGUGAGAAGUUGGAGCACUUGGAGCAGGAGAAGCACGAGUUACGACGGCGCUUCGAAAGCCGAGAGGGCGAAUGGGAGGGCCGUGUGGCCGAGCUGGAGACGGACGUCCAGCAUCUGCAGGGCGAGCUGGAGCGCCACCAGGUCCAGCUGAGAGAGGCGGACCGGGACAAGACCAAGACCAUCGGCGAACUCUCCGAGCAGAACCACAGACUGCUGGAGCAACUCAGUAGGGCUGCAGAGGUGGAGAGGCAGCUGUCCACUCAGGUCCAUUCGCUACGAGACGACUUCAGGGAGAAGAGCAUCUCUACGAGUCAACACAUGACGCGGCUGGAGACUCUACAGGCUGAGAUUAAGAUGCUGUCGGAGAGGAAGAUGGAGCUGGAGCGCCGGGUGCACGCCAUGAUGGAGGAGAACGAGCUGCUGCAGAACACGGUGGACGACCUCCGGGAGAGGACGCUGCUGCUGGAGAAGCAGUGCCACGAGAAGGACCUUCAGUUGCGACAAAGCCAGUUGGAGCUCCAAGAGGUCCAGACGUCCCGCAGACAUCUGACGGCGAAGUUGGCGGAGCUGACGGAGGAGAACAGUCUCCAAACUCUCACCCCCCACCCGUCCAGCCUGCUGUGUGAGAUAGAGCAGAGCAUGGAGCAGGAGGAGCAGGAGCAGGAGAGGGAGCAGCUGCGGCUACAACUGUGGGAGGCGUACUGUGAAGUCCGCUCGCUCUGUUCCCAUCUGCGGGGAAAUGAUGUCACAGACUCGGCGCUGUCUACCGACUCCUCCAUGGACGAGUCCUCGGAGACGUCCUCGGUGAAGGACGUCCCUACGGGGAGCCUUCACACCGGCCUGCUAGAGCUACGCAGGUUAACGCAGAAUCUGCUGGAUGGGAAUGAGUCUACGGGUUCACACCGCAGUGAUGAGGAGGCUUUGGAGGAGCAGGUGAGGAAGUUAGGAGAAGAACUGCAGGAGAUCAGAGAGCUGUAUGAGGCGGAGCAGCACAAAACACGGAGCAACGAGGAGGAGCUACUGCAGCUGCACGAUCAGAUGGCGCUGCUGUCGGUUGAGAUUUGCUCUCUCCGAGAAGACAACGUGCGAAUGAGGGCGAUGGCUGAUGUCCGAGAACCCAGCGAGCAGCUGCAGAGCGCCAUCAGAGACAGAGACGACGCCAUUGCCAAGAAGAAAGCUGUGGAAAUAGAGCUGGCCAAAUGUAAAAUAGACAUCAUGUCUCUGAACAGCCAGCUUCUGGACGCCAUCCAGCAGAAACUCAACCUGUCACAGCAGCUGGAGGCUUGGCAGGAUGAUAUGCACAGAGUGAUUGACCAGCAGCUGAUGGACAAGCACCAGGACGAGUGGCGCUCGGUCUGCACCCCGCUGUCCGGGUCAACGAGGAGUCAGUCCCCGAGACGACCGCGCCGCUUCUCUGAGCGGGACAAGAGACUUUUCUCUUUUUUUAAAAAGAACUGAGCCCCGCCGGACUGAGCUGGAGGUCAGAGGGACACGGACGAGGCGAGGGAGUCGGUGGGUAACAGCACAGCCAAAGACAUGCUGGUGUUGAGGGGGUGAGGAUAGUUUUGCACUUUAAAUGGCUCAUUAUUCUGCUUCUAACUGAAUGAAAAUGGAUGAAGGAAAAGUUCAACUCUUCCCUGGCUCAGAACCCCACCCCCUCUCCCUCCGGUUGUUGUUACAGAACAGGACAGGGUCACAAAGUUUACCUCCAUAGAGGAAGGUUUCCUGUAGUGCCUAUAAAACCCACUGCCAACUACGUAGAGUUAGAGUUUGCAUCCUAGGGGCCGGUCCAAGGAGUCUGGACCAGAACCUGGUGGAGUUCUGGCAAAGCUCAGAGUCGGAAUAUGUAGAGAAGGCUGGCAGUGAUGGUCUGAGUUCUCGCAGUGAUAGGGAGCCUCUCAGGUUUAUUCAUUCGUUAGGAAAAUCUGGGCUGAUGAGGGAGAAUUCCCAAACCGAAGCCGAUUAAAGAACAAAAACACGAUAAAAGGCCGCCUGUGAACGUUUUUAUUGCAGCAGAACAUUUUUUGCUGAAAUUCCAACUAAACCAGGAUCCAUUCCGGUUCACCGAGACACAAUUUUCCAAACAAUAAGAACCACCUGGAUCCAAGAAACAGUUAAAGGAAAAGUCCGUUCAGCAAAGAAUAAUCAAUGGAUCAUUAUUUAUACCUAAAACUAAUACGUUCAGGGGGAUUUAAUGAUCACAAUCACUUAGUCUGGGAGCGGCCAUU